CUGGAACGUUGUCUUUAUUCCGCUGAUAUCUAGAAGGAUGGUUCGUCGUACUGCAUCGCAGAGUGCCCCGACUGUCUCGCGUCCUCCUAGUCCACAGGAGGACAUCGAAGAGGGGCCCUAUUUCGACAGUGUAGAUGAGCUACAACAGCAUGGCAUAAAUGUGCAAGAUAUUCUGAAGCUCAAGGCUGCUGCUAUCAAUACUGUCUCGGGAGUGAGCAUGACGACGAGAAGGCAGUUGCUCAAAAUCAAAGGAAUGUCAGAGGCCAAAGUUGAAAAGAUAAAGGAGGCAGCUCACAAGAUUCUCGGCUCAUCUUUCUCCACGGGGCUCGAGGUUUCGGACAAGAGGAAGCGCGUUCUGAUCAUUAGCACUGGCAGCAAAGCUGUCGAUACAAUUCUGGGAGGUGGUAUAAUUUCGCAAUCGAUAACAGAAGGUGCGACUCGUCGGCGUACGAUGCCAGCUGUUAAUUUGCAUGGACAGUCUAUGGCGAGUAUCGGACUGGAAAGACCCAGCUUGCCCAUACCAUGAGUGUGGUAACGCAACUCCCUUCGGACAUGGGUGGGGCAUCAGGAAAGGUAGCAUGAUUCACUUGUUUGAAAUGUAUAGGAACUCGGUGUCAACUUGGUCUAGGUCGCGUACAUUGACACCGAAGGCACCUUUCGACCUGACCGCAUCAGGGCCAUAGCUGAACGUUUCGGAGUGAAUGGAGAUAUGGCUUUAGAGAACAUACUCUAUGGUAUGUGGACGAGCGCUAU